AGGCCAGAGGAAUGAUUUCGGUAUUCAUGGGUUGCUGUUCAUUAUCCAGUCUACAGUAAAGGAUCCUAGACAUAUUGAUUCCAGAGUUGAGUCAUUCCUCAGAAUGUUUGAGAGUAAACUGUCUGAAAUGAAAAAUGAUGAAUUUAAGAGCAACGUAAAUGCAUUGAUCAAUAUGAAGCUCGAGAAGCACAAAAAUUUAAGCGAAGAAUCUCAAUUUUACUGGACUGAGAUCAUCAGUGGGACUCCCAAAUUUGAUAGGAGGGAAGCUGAGGUUGAAGCAUUAAAGAAACUUACACAACAAGAACUGAUAGAUUUCUUCGAUGAAAAUACAAAAGUCGGUGCACCUCGAAAGAAAACACUUAGUGUGCGAGUGUACGGGAACCAACAUUUGGCAGAAUGCAACUCCCAGAAAAGUGAAGCAGUUCAACCAAAUACCGUCCAAAUAGAUGAUAUCUUUAGUUUUAGAAGAUCUCGACCACUUUAUGCUUCAUUUAGGUGAGGCUUUGGUCUCCCUUGUUGAUUGGACAUGCUUGCCGUGGAGAAAAACAGAGAUAUUCUCCUGUUAGUUUUCAUUAAGUUGUUCUACAUUGGAGAAAACAGAGGAUCCCUCUUGUCUGUGAUUGUGUUGUAUUGUACUUAUUCUCUUGAUUCAGAAACAGAAUUGUUGUCUGUGAUUUUAUUUGUUGUAUCUUAGGUAUGGAAAAUAAUUCUCUUGGUACAGAAGCAGAAUUGUUGCGACUCCAAUAUUCAACAAAUUAAACUUGUGGUCCGAAUAUAUUGAUUGAAUUUGAAUGUGCAUGUCUAUGUUACUUUAU